AUUUUAGGUGAGCGCUAUGAUUUCGUUAUAACGGCGAAUCAGCCUGUUGGUGCAUAUUGGAUACAACUACGUGGGCUUGGUGAGUGUGGUAUUCGGCGAGCUCAACAACUGGCUAUUUUGCGGUACGCUCGUGGACCUUAUCAACCUACUUCUGCGGCGCCAACAUACGAUGUUGGAAUACCGCAAGGUGUGGUCAUGAAUCCUUUGGACGCCCAAUGCAACCGUCAACGGAACGAUGCCAUUUGCGUGAGCCAACUAAAAAACGCUCUUGAGAUUGAUCGUGGUAUUUUGUCAGAGAAGCCAGAUGUUAAGAUUUUCCUACCAUUCCGUUUCUUUGUAUAUCGAGCUGAAGAUCUUUUCCAACCGAACACGUAUAACAGAUUUUUAGUGGCACCCACCGGCGACCAUGUAAUUUCACUUAUCGAUGAGAUUUCGUACCUUUCGGCACCAGCGCCACUGACAUCCCAGUAUAAUGAUAUUAAUCCAGAACAAUUUUGUAAUGGAGACAAUCGUCCUGCGGAUUGUGGACCAAACUGUAUGUGCACUCAUAAAAUUGACAUCCCACUUAAUGCAAUUGUGGAAGUAGUUUUAGUUGAUGAAGUUCAACAGCCUAACUUGUCGCAUCCUUUCCAUUUGCACGGAUACGGAUUUAGCGUCAUUGGUAUUGGUCGAUCACCGGAUUCGUCCGUGAAGAAGAUUAAUUUAAAGCACGCAUUAGACCUAGACAGGCGUGGACUUUUACACCGACAGUAUAACUUGCCACCGACUAAGGAUACGAUUGCAGUACCUAAUAAUGGAUAUGUUGUGCUACGUUUUAGAGCUGACAAUCCGGGAUUCUGGCUCUUCCACUGUCAUUUCCUAUUCCACAUUGUUAUUGGUAUGAAUCUGAUUUUGCAGGUUGGCACUAACGCUGAUCUACCACCCGUGCCACCUGGUUUCCCAACAUGUGGCGAUCACACACCACCCAUACCAAUAAACUAAGACAAAACUGUGCGACAAACCCCACAAAUGAAGCCGCAUGGCUAAAAAACGAUCAACAGAAUUUCUAAGGAAUUAAAAAGACCAACAUACCGAUUGAACAGUUUGUAAAAAGCUUAAUCAAUCACAAUAUAUUUACCAUGAUUGUAUAUAUUUAUGUAAAAAUAGCACAAAGCACAGUUUCCCUUUCAGUAGUAAGAACACUGCCAACCUCUAAUUGUAUAUUAAUGACAAUAUUCUAAGGAGUAUUUACCCUUUCCCUUAACGUUAACACCCAGGAGCCUACUAUCAAAUGUAUAUACCUAAUAAUAUGUGUGUAUUUGUAGAAACUGAAAAAACAAUACAUUUAUUUAUUUCAUAAAAACUCAAUACUAUCACACUAUAAUAUUAAAAUGACUGCAAGCAACCGAUCACUCUUAUUACAUUUCUGCAAACUAAUUUGA